AUGAAUGCAACUGAGGAACACAAUGAGGAAAUAGCUGGAGUGAAGCGGGUGUGUCAGAUCAUGGCAGCAGAAGGAGUUAUUGGUGUCUUAGGGAACCUCUUAGUGUGUUACGUCAUCCUACGCGUCAAAUUCUUACACAACAUGACGAACUACCUGCUGGUGAAUUUGGCUGUUGCUGAUAUGCUGCUGUGUCUGGAAGAAACCUUGUAUUAUCUAACAUCAGACUGUAAGCUUAUUGCCUUUGCUCCAGUAAGCAACGGGGUGAGAGACUUGUUCUGCAGAAUUCUGGCAUCGAGGUUUUUGGCAUGGGCAUUGACCUAUACCUCUGCCUACAAUCUCUGUGUGGUUACAUUGGAGAGGUAUAUUGCCAUAGUACACCCUCUACACUAUGCGAGAAAACUCACAACAGGACGGAUGGUUACUUUAAUUACAUUGGUGUGGGUAAUAUCAUUUCUGAUAUCUUUACCUCUACUAUUCACAAUCGAAACAAGCAGUUACCCCGAUCGGAUUUGCUUAAUCAAAUAUCCUCACUUGUUAUUUCCAAUUAUAUUCAGCAUAUAUUCAUUUCUUUUGGGAUACUUGUUGCCCCUAACAUUAAUGAUUGUGGCUUAUUAUAAGAUGCAGGUCACUCUAAAAAGACAAGCAAAGGCUCUGAACCUGCAACAUGCAAGAGCAGCAGCCUAUGAUCUUGUGAUUGCUAGACAGAACCUGGUCAGCAUGCUUAAAACUGUCUUAGGAGCUCUUAUUCUCUUAUGGACACUGGAUUAUGUAACUAUUCUUCUCUGCUUGCAACAUACAGAGGAGGCUCAGUUCUUGUUCUGUGGAUCGAAGGGCUACCACUAUACCACAUUGUUCGCUAGUUUACUAUUUACUUUUAAUUCAGUCAUUAAUCCCAUCAUCUAUGAGUUCAAAUACAAGAAAUUCAGGCAAGGCCUUAAGGUAGCUUUCUGCAGCUGCUUCAAAAGGCAGGGUGGAAACAGAGUUGACGUUGAGAUGGUACCAUUAUGA